CGCUUUUACCACCAAACGCUAUUGUUGAAUCUCUCCACCUUCUUCUCAUCUUCCUUCCAAUUUCUGUUUGUCUUGGAAUUGCUUUCAAUUGGUCCCAAAAAUCUUGAUAUUUGGAUUUUUUUUAAAGAGCGUGAAUUGGGGUCGAUUUCGAUUAAUGUUUGGGACUGAGUUGUUUCUAGUGUGGAUAGCUCGCUAUUUGAGGUAAGAUUCAUGGGUUUUGUUCUUCUUUAAAUUUCUGCUUUGACCUUGAGAAUUAGGGCCUUUUCUUUCUUUGAGAUGAAGGAACGUUUGUUCGACUAUUAUAAUAUGAUCGUAGAAAGAAGCCUUUUAUACCUGGAAGUAGAAAAUUGGCUGUUUUAGUGCAAUAUUCAUGUGUUUUGCUUCUUUUAGAAGUUGACUUUAAAGAAACGGGGAUUGGUGUUGUGGAGAUUCUGUUUCGAUACUUUUUUUUUACUGUGAACAAAGUCAAAGAUUUUCGGGAAAUUGGUGACUGAGAGUAGAGAUUAGAUGUAUUGGGAACAAAUGUUAUGGAUAGUUUACUUUUUUGUUAAGGGGGAGGAGUCGGCGCUUUGAGGUUAGAAAUCAAGGUUCUUGAUUGUGUGUUGUAUUUUCUGGGUAUUUAGUUGUGGUUGAUAAAAAACUGGGCUAAAAUGGAUGAGACUGAGGAUGAUGCAAGGUAUUCCCCAAACCCGUAUGGUGUGAAUCACCAACAGGAUUACGGUACCUCGAGUCAACAGAAGAAUUCUGUUAGGAAUGCUCCACAUUCUCGGCCGGCUGUUAAUCAUUACGUUGAUGAGGAUGAUGAAGAAUCUGGAGAAGAGGAGGAAGAGAAUGAUGAUCAAAGUAAUGGUUUUCGUAAUAUGCAACAAGAUUUGGAGGAUGAAGAGGAGGAGGAGGUGGAGGAAUCUGAUGAGGAAGAAGAUGAUGAUGAUGAUGAUGAUGAUAAACAGAAAAGUUAUGGUAGGAGGACUGAAUAUCCUGAUUUGAAAAGGCACCCAAAAAAGCGAAAGUUGAAGAGUUUGGCUUCUAGUUAUGAAUUUGCUCCAAGGGUUCCUGUGCCAUCGGCUGCAGCAACAGAUCCAAUGCCCUUGGCUCCAAAACCAUCAGUUGUUGGCCGAAAUUCACUAACCGAAUGGACUGAGCGUGAGACAUUUGUUUUACUAGAUGCUUGGGUCGACCCAUUUCUUCAACGUGGAAGAAAGAGUCUUCGGUCCGAGGAAUGGCAAGAAGUUGCGGAGAAGGUAUCAAAGAUCUCAAAAACUGAAAGGACGGAUACUCAGUGCAGGAAUAGAUUGGAUACAUUGAAGAAGAAGUUCAAAAAGGAGAAGACGAGGAUGGCAGAGACUGGUGAUGCCACUAGCAAAUGGGUUUAUUUUGAGAAGAUGGAUAUGAUGCUGUCAUCGCCCCCACAGCAAGCAGGCCUCUCUUGUGGUUUGGACUCCGGGGAGUACGUAUUCAUGAAUCCUAGAGUUUAUUUAAAUCAUGCAAAUGGGUUGGAAGAGAUGAGAGAUAGUCCUGGAAAUUCAGAAUCUUCGGAUGGUGAGGAGGAUGCUUCAGAUGGACUUCCACCAAAGAAGAGGAGAACUGGAAGGGUCAAUGAUGAGGGGCCUUGCUUCAGCUUGCUUGCUGAUUCCAUUAACAAAUUCAGCGAGAUAUAUGAAAAAAUUGAGAAUAGUAAAAGGCAGCAGAUGGUGGAGCUGGAGAAGAUGAGAAUGGAUUUCCAUAGGGAAAUGGAGAUGCAGAAGACGCAAGUUCUGGAGAGAGUGCAGGCCGAGAUAGCGAAAAUACAGCACGGUGACGAGGAGGAAAAUGAUGUCUCUGCUGAGAAUCCUAGCGGCUGAUGUAUUGAGAUGCAGCCAUCUUUCUGUAAUGAUAAUUAGCAUUUUGAAGAAGCCCAAGAAGCUGGAGCUUUGGAUUCAAAUAAUGCUUUUAGUACAGUGCUACAUGUCAACAUUCGAUUUGCACUUGGCACUGCAAUGAACCCUUUUCUUUAACAAUCUUAAUAACAUCUGGCAAACGGCCAGCUCUUGGCAAAA